AUACGCGGCUGUCUAAAUACUGACACGUAACCACUAUGCUCUCUUCUUUCUUUUCCUUUUGACUCGACUACAUGCAAUUCUGCCCUGAAAGACUGCGAUUUUCUGUGUUCAAAUUCACUGACCCCAUCCCCUCCCCGGCAGAGCCGAAGGAGUGGACUGUACUGCCCGCAAAACACUACCCAUCACUCAUCUGACUGUCUACAUCUUUAACACCAGGUCGUCGCAAAAUACGACAUAAAACGACAAGAUUUAGUUGAAUUGACGGCCGCGUGAAAACGAGACCUCUGAAAAUCAAUCUUCUGAUAGACAGAAAAGAACGCGAUCGAAUCAUCGCUCAUUCAGCUAUCAAGUGACUGGCUUCAAUUUCAACUUCAAGUGCUUUCGAAGCAUCUUAUGCGAAAAUUCCUCCUUGCCAUAUGUUACCAAUCUUCAACUAUCAAAUCUUACCAGGUUUAUAGCUGAUUAAAACUAAAAAAAUAUCUGGACGGACGCGAAGUCGACCAGAAGUCAUUCAGAUAUUUUGUAUUCUUUGGUGUAUCAAGUUGUGAGAAUUUGAUUCAGUUUUUUUUUCUUAUUAUUUUUUGUCAGUUUCAUUACAAAACGAACUUUUAACAUUUCAUUUAUAUUGCUUUCGUUUCACUAAUACGUUGUGCCAUUCAUUUCGGUUGUUGAAGAUUUCGCCAACAAGUUUAUGCGAAUGAGGUGAUCGGAAGAUUGAAGACGAAGAUUUGUAAAGGUGUGAAUAAAUAGAUAGAAAUGUUGAGUCACCUGUUCGACUUGGUUCGCACUAACACUGCAGCCAGCAACUACAACACAGAUGGAGUGGACAAGUGCAACAGUCGCUACUGUGCCAUCAUCCUGCUGGUGCUCGGAACAUUCGUCAUCACCAACCAGUUGGUGGGAGACGUGAUAGACUGCUGGACUGACGCGCAGUUCAGUGGCCAGUGGGUGAAGUAUACUGACCAGAUGUGCUGGGUGAGUAACACGUACCACCUGCCAGAUGAUAUGGCCCCGGAAGUGGGGCGCAACACAGAACACAUGUAUGAGAUCAAGUACUACCAGUGGGUGCCCAUCAUUCUAGCCAUGCAGUCGCUGCUCUUCUUCUUGCCGUCUAUGUUGUGGAGUGCAGUAGCAGACAGCAGCAUAGACAUCUCCAACAUAGUGAGUGUGCUGUCAGAAAAAGACCACGCGAUAGACCCGGAGAAGAGGGACGGGGCUGUGAAGAACCUCGCUCUGCAGUUCCACAGAUACAUCAACAACAGGAAACACUACUCACACACCCACCUCACCCAGGUGCGUCGCAAGCUGCGAGAUACAAACAGUUUCUGCCUUUCAUGUGGAAGUAGAUACGGCAACUACCUCGGUCUAAUCUACCUGUUGUCCAAAGUGCUAUUUGUGUUCAACGCCUGGGCACAACUCUUCUGUCUGGAUUCCUUCUUGGGUCCCAGGUUCCACGCGUACGGGUUCGAAGUGCUGAGUAGCAUGUACAAUGGAGUGGACUGGACCAACAGCAAACGGUUCCCCAGAACCACAUUGUGCGACUUCACUGUGAGGAAGAUGGGGACGAUCCAGCCAGUGACUGUGCAGUGUGUGUUGAGUAUCAAUCUGUUCAACGAGAGGAUCUUCCUCUUCGUCUGGUUCCUCCUCAUGUUCAUGGCACUCCUCAACUCCUUCAACUUCGCCCUCUGGCUGUGGCGCCUUGUGCUCCGCAGAAACAGAUAUGCAUACAUCCGGAAACACUUGACUCUCAUGGACCAGAUGAACACUGCACACAACAUCAGACACGUGGUGCCUUUCAUGGACGACUACCUGCAGCACGACGGAGUGUUCGUCAUCCGACUCAUAAGCAAGAACACGACUUCACUCGUCGUCUCGGAGAUGUUGGCCGCCCUAUUCCACAACUUCCAAAACCAACAGAGCAAAGACAAGGACAAGUCUGAUGAACAAUCCCAGCCUUCGAUUUCAUCCAAAGGCUCCAGAUCCGGUCUGAGUAGUCGCAGGAGCUCGCUGCAAAAGUUGCUGCCUCCCUCUCGCAAAGGCUCAAUGCCGCCUUCUUAUGCAUCGGCCGGAGGAUUCAGCAGCAGUCGAGCCCACCACGCACUCACGAACAAAAUGGCCGAAGGACUAAUGGACGAUUUAGAUGAUGUACAUAGUGGAGUUUCAUCUGAACCAGAAAAACAUCAUUUUCCGAGGGGGGACCUGGACCACAUCUCUCCUGAUGAGUUGGCAUCGAUUAGGCGGUUUUUGAAGCAACAGGACAAGCUUCUGCAGCAAAACCAGGGUGGGGAAGGGGUGCCUAGACACCACCCCAGUGCACCCCCAGUGAGUAGUGCAAUGGCGAAUAACUACUCGGUCGCCCCUACUAUGACUCAUAAUCACGGCUACGCGAUGUUCUCUUCGCCCCAUGACGAGGCGUCUCAAUUUGACCUUGACAAUCACCCGAAGGCUCUUGAGGCAAGGGGGGAGUCUAGUCAUUGCUAGGUUACCCGAUGCGAGUUUCUGGAUAUUCUAGACUGAUUUGACAAGUUGUCAGACCAGUUGCGUUAGACUUUAUAGACAAAGUCUUGAUUUCCAUCCGAACAUAUUAAACGUCACAAUGCCAAAGUAGUUAAUGCCUUGUAUUCAUUCCAUCAGCGCUGUGAUUCCUCGCCAAUAGUAGAAAACUUCUCAAUUAGGAUGCCAAAAUAUUGUAUUGUCUGCUCAAGCUUACAUGCAUUUCUUUUGCAGUAGUUUUCAGUCAGUUAUGUUUUUUCACUGUUAUACUUUAAUAAAUUAGCGUUCAAGUUAAUCAUUUCAUGUCGAACGGUGGGAAUGCAGAUAUCCAGUUUAAAACGUCCAUUUUUUAUUAUAAAAAACUAUCCAUGUUAUACGGAGAUUGGUUUCAGUGCCAAGAUUUUUUGAUUUUUGUUAUCAUUGUUUUUUGAAAACCUUUCCCCCACUGGUAUUUAACUAUGCAGUUUAUAAAGAAUUCAAAAGCUCUCUCGCUGUUUUGUGUUGCUUCACUUUUGGCUUCGCUUCAGUCUCAUCCAAUGCUUUUCGGGUGCUUAUUUUUUCCUUCCUUAUUCAAGUGUUAAUUAUUUGGGCAUUCAUUUCUCAACAAGUGCAUUCGAAUUUAGUCUAGUUUUGUGUCUCAUUACUCAUUAUCUUUUUUUGCUGUUUUCUUCGUGUGCUAAACUCAGGGCUAUUCAAAAAUUGAUGGCCAUUAUUGAUACACUAUUAAUGACCAUCAAAAACACAUGCAGUAAUGGAUUUUUGGCAUUUAUAGCAGAAUGGCAUUAAUUUUUUUUUCGGAAAAAUAAUACCAUUUCCCCCAUUUCAAACAAACAAGGGCUAUGCCGUGCCAACUUAGGCAAACGGAAGUGAAUCUGUCCGAAAACCACGUUGACCUUUUUGCUAUCGAUUAUCUUUUCAAAAUUCUACUUAAAUCCAUGAUUAAAAGUUGGUUGAUGGAAGUUAAAUUGAGUAGGCGUGAAAAUCUGGAUUAUUAGUUUGGUCUUGAGGUUUUUUUUGUUCAAGAUCUUCAUUUCAAAAAAUAAAACUUUUUUUGUCUAUGUUGGCAUCGAAAACAAUAAUAGUUUUUUAAAUUUACCUACCCUAAUACAGUAAUGAGUUUUUUCGUUCAGUUUUUUUUUGAGGCAUAUUCCUUAAAAAUUGCAAUAUAACUGAUAUCAAUUGUAUUUCUUCGUUACAAGAUUAAUAACUUAAGAUUCGAGAAGUAGGACGUAAUUUUUGUUGUAUUAUUUUUCAGAUAGAUAAAAUUUUCACUUCAUUACUCAUGCCAUGUGUAUGUUCUGCUUAUACAUUCAGAACUCAGAGCCACCAGAACUUCUCUAUUGUCAACCACCGGUCAAACUUACUUUAUCGAAAGACUAAGAAUAGUUCCAAUGACAUAAUUAAGAGUAUACCUACUGACUUGAUUGUUAGACAAAUAUGAGUGGUUGUUUGGUGGCGCUUGAAAAGGCUUGACGCUAUCAGGGUUCUUUGCUCAUAAUUUCACUUUUUGUCUUCUAAUUCCUAUUGAAUCAACCCUAGUUUCAAUCCAUUUGGUGGAAUAUUCACGGAUAUUUCUUAUGAUAUUGUUAUUAAACAUUAAAAUGUUGUUGUUGUUUUUAAAUUUGUUCGUGUUGUGAUGUACCGUUGUGUUUUAUCCCUACGAGGGUUAUGAAUAAAACGUGGAGUGUA